AUGAUGAUGAACAAAAUUAACCUACCUAUUUUGAGUUAUGUCACCCCUAUUAAAGCUGCUUCAAUCAGACUGGUGAAUGGAUCCCACUCUUGUUCUGGGAGAGUGGAGGUUUUCUAUGGGGGAAUGUGGGGAACUGUGUGUCAUGAUGACUGGGACGAUCCUGAUGCUAACGUGGUGUGUAGAGAAGUGGGCUGUGGACCGCUUAUAGAACCCAAAAAAUAUGCAUUUUUUGGAGAGGGCUCAUUACCGAUAUUAAUGAAUAAAGCUGAAUGUGUUGACACUGAAUCCAGACUGCUAGAUUGUCUGGCAGAGAAAGGCCAAACAGCAGUGUGUGAUCACAACAAAGAUGCUGGAGUUAUUUGUAUGCCCAAAGUUAGGUUGGUGAAUGGCAUCAACUCUUGUUCUGGGCGAGUGGAGGUUUUUCAUGAUAAUCAGUGGGAUGCAGUGUGUGAUGAUGGCUGGGAUGCUGCAGAUGCUGCUGUGGUUUGUAGAGAGCUGGGCUGUGGAGAUGUUAUAGAGGUGAAGAAAGGCAGUUACUUUGGAUCAAACACAAUAUGGAUGCAAGAUGUACAAUGUGUCGGAAACGAGUCGACGCUGAGCAGCUGUGCAUCUAAUAAUGGGCCGGUAGAUGUACUUGUCUCUAUCUGCCUAACCAGUGCUGGAGUCAUUUGUCAGUCCCAUAUCAGGUUGGUAAAUGGCAUUAACUCUUGUUCUGGACGAGUGGAGGUUUACCAUGAUGGACGGUGGGGAACAGUGUGUGAUAAUAACUGGAAUCUGUCAGAUGCUGCAGUGGUAUGUAAAGAACUGGGCUGUGGGGUUGCCAUAGAGGAAAAGACAGGUGCCUAUUUUGGCCAAGGCUCAGGACCGGUGUGGAUAAAGGAUUUAAAUUGCUCAAAUACUGACAAAAGUACGGUAAGAAACUGUAAAUCAGAGCCAUGGGGAGUAAACAAUUGUGGACAUGAGAAGGAUGCUGGAGUUAUCUGUGAAUCUCCUAAUGUGUGCUUUUUUAUUUGUAUGGCGAUUAGACCCAGUCAGGCUGGUGACUGA